AUGACCACCAGGGGGUCUCAAAAAGACCACCAGAGACCACCAAAGGGACAGAGGRCGCAUGCGUUUUCUGGCGACCCAGGUGGGACCCUGCUUCUGAAUCUCGACGGAUCCGUGGGAUCGCAGGACCUCCAGCCGGCACCGAGGGAUUCUCGGGGAGAACCUCUGAUCCCCGGACCGAAGAGCUCUGAACAAGAYCCCUGGACAGGGAACAGGGAAAUACGACCUUUUUUUAAACCUUUAAAAUUCAAGUUAGGAAAACAGUGGAUGACUCACCAAUUUCUCUACCUGCCCAAUUGUCCUAAGCCCUUGCUCGGUAGGGAUUUAUUAAGCAAAUUAGAGGCAAAAAUUAUUUUUAAAGAUGGGGAUGUGCAGUUAUUGAUACUUGAAUCAAAAGCCGUGGAGGCGAGUGCUUUUGUGUUACAGGAUAAGCAGGAGGAAAAGAUCCCGGUCGAAGUAGAAAACGCAGUGACCCCCCUGGUAUGGGUGGAAGAAAUUCCUGGUCAGUCCAAGCUGGCAGACCCAGUCAAGGUUACACUGAAACCAAGGACUAAGCCGGUAAGACUAAAACAAUAUCCCCUCAAAUUGGAAGCAAGGAAGGGCCUAGAGAAUAGAGUAAGUAAGUUUCUGGAGUAUGGUUUGUUAAUAGAAUGCGAAUCAGAAUAUAAUACACCGAUAUUACCAGUGAGAAAACCUAAUGGGCAGUAUAGAUUAGUCCAAGACUUAAGAGCAAUAAAUCAAAUUGYACAGGAUAUCCACCCAGUAGUGGCUAACCUUGCUAACAAAUUUAAAGGAGACCAUGGAUGGUUCACUGUGCUCGAUUUAAAGGAUGCCUUCUUCUGCAUCCCCCUUGAUAGGGAUAGUCAGGCAAUAUUUGCUUUUGAGUGGGAGAGUCCCACUACUGGACGUAAAAUGCAACUUACCUGGACCGUGCUGCCUCAAGGGUAUAAGAAGAGCCCAACAAUAUUUGGUAAUCAAUUGGCAAAGGAGCUGGAGUUGUGGAAAAAGGAAAAUCCAGAAGGAACAAUAUUGCAGUAUGUAGAUGACAUUUUAUUAGCAGCUGAAACUCGGGAAGAAUGUCUAAAAAUGACCAUAAGCCUGUUAAAUUUCUUGGGACAAGGAGGAUAUCACACAUUAAGAAAUGGCAGCAGUUUUGUACGAGAUGGAAGACCGAUUGCUGGAUAUACAGUAGUUACCACUACCCAAGUGUUAAAGGCAGAGUCCCUUGCUGCCAACACAUCAGCACAAAAGGCAGAGUUGGUGGCUCUGAGCCAGGCUCUCAGAACAGCUGAAGACCAAAAGACAGCGGUACAGGURGAAAGUAGGUUGGCUGAUAAAGCUGCCAAGGAGGCUGCUGAACAAGGCAUCCUGGCUCUGGUACCGGUAAAAAGAAUUGAACGCCCAGAGGUAAGGCCUAAAUAUAGUGAGGCAGAUAAGAAAUUAGCAGCUACGCUAAAUGCAACAUUGACUAAUGAAGGAUGGUUAGUGACCCCAACAAAACAAGUUAUUGUCCCUCAGCCAAUAAUGACUGAGAUCGUUGAAAGGAAACACAAAGAAACUCACUGGGGAUGUGAGGCUAUGGUUUCUAGUUUAGUAGAUUCAGUUGUCAGUGUGGGAAUGACAGGAAUUGUAAAAUCUGUCACUGCAAAGUGCCCCCUAUGCCUCAGAAAUAACCCAAUAAAUAGAAGGAGGCCUCCCCCAGGAAUUAUUAAGCAGGGCGAUUCCCCUGGGGAUUACUGGCAGAUUGAUUUCUCAGAACUGCCAAGACAAAGUGGCUACAGGUAUCUCCUAGUGAUAAUUGACACCUUUUCAGGAGCCUUUCCUUGUUGCACCAACAAGGCAUGAGAGGUAAUUAAGGUGUUACUGAAAGAAAUCAUASACAGUUUUGGUGUUCCAAUAGGGAUAUCCUCUGACCGAGGUCCUCAUUUUGUGGCUGACAUAGUACAACAGCUUGGGAAGGUUCUUGGGAUUAAAUGGGAUUUACAUACUCCUUGGAGACCUCAGUCAAGUGGGAAGGUGGAGAGGAUGAAUCAAACUCUUAAAAUGCAAAUUAGUAAAAUAUGUCAGGAAACUUCGUUUAAGUGGCCACAAGCUUUACCAUUGGCCCUCCUGAGAAUCAGGAUCCAACCUAAUGCAAGAGAUAAAAUAAGUCCAUAUGAGUUACUGUAUGGGAAGCCUUAUCAGGCACCAGAACUCCCAGGAGAAAUGCAUGUAAAGGGUAACACAGACUUGCAGCUGUACUUAAUCUCUUUAGGAAAGACUUUGGCGACUCUUUGACGGCACGUUGUUCUGACAGGACCCCUCGCUCUCAAUACUCCGGUGCAUCCUUAUAAACCAGGAGAUUUUGUCUCCAUGAAAGCCUGGAGCUCAGAACCACUGAAGGAGAAGUGGAAAGGACCUUACCAAGUGCUUUUGACAACCCACAUCGCAGUAAAGGUAGAGGGUAUUGAACCGUGGGUCCAUUACACAAGGAUAAAAACUGCCCCAGGAUACCAGUGCGAGCCUACUGAGGACCCCUUGUGUGUGAUAUUGUGA